AUGAUUUUUACUUAUUUUCGUCGGUAUAACCUACCACUAUCUAGAAAGUUUCCUACUUUUCUCUGUCCACCAAAAACUCUUACCGCUCAACAUUCGCGACUAUUCAGCUCAAGGUCUUCUUGUCAGGCAACUUAUAACCAAGUCAUCCGAGUAAUGGGCUGCAGAAAAGCGCGCAAGGCUCGUAAAGCCGUAUCGCCUGCACUCCGCGUUGCGGGUGCUCCAAACCUCAAAGGCGUAUGUCUAAAGGUCGGUACGACAAAGCCGAAGAAGCCCAACUCAGCCGAGAGAAAAGUAGCUAGGGUACGUCUAAGCACAGGAAAGGUUAUCACAGCAUAUAUUCCAGGCGAGGGUCACAAUGCCCAGCAACACAGCGUUGUGCUCGUUCGUGGGGGGCGAAGUCAAGAUUGUCCGGGUGUCAGGUAUCACUUGGUCCGAGGGGCAAUGGACUUAGGUGGUGUUGCAAAUAGACAAACUAGUCGUAGCAAAUAUGGAACUAAAAAGCCAAAAGUCACUGCUUCAUAA